AGAAGCCGCAGCCGCCGAGCCUGACUGCGCCCUCUAGCUGGCCGGCCCGCCUGCGGUGAGAGGGGCCGCGGAGCGGCCUCGGGCUCGCCUGUCGGGCUCGCGAGGGGAGGGUUUACCCAGGAAGGACGGCGGGGACACAGGACGCUGCUCUCCGGGGUCUGCAAGGGGUGACAGAUGCCUUAGGGCCACGUGAGCUGCUCCAGAGGCUCCUUCCUGCUGACGCCCUAGCAGCCAGGCCCCUGGGCUCCCCUCCAGCAUCCUCCCACAGCCCACCCGACCAUGGAGGCUCCGGAGGUCCCCGUGGGCUCACUGAUUGACUUUGGGCCUGAGCCCCCUGCCUCGCCUGCCCUGGAGACACUGCCCCCUGCGCUGCAGGAUGGGGACGGCUCCCUGGGAGAUGGCGCAUCGGAGAGCGAGACCACAGAGUCGGCAGACAGCGAGAACGACAUGGGCGAGUCGCCCUCACACCCGUCCUGGGACCAGGACCACCGCUCCUCCUCCAACGAGUCCUUCUCUUCAGGCCAGAGCACCGAGUCGGCCCAGGACGAGGAGACCCUGGCACUCCGGGAGUUCAUGCGCAGCUACGUGGAAAAGAUCUUCUCCGGAGGGGAGGACUUGGACCAGGAGGAGAAAGCCAAGUUUGGCGAGUACUGCAGCAGUGAGAACGGAAAAGGCCGGGAGUGGUUUGCUCGCUACGUCAGCGCCCAGCGCUGCAACUCCAAGUGUGUCUCAGAAGCAACCUUCUACCGCCUGGUGCAGUCUUUCGCAGUGGUGCUGUUCGAGUGCUAUCAGAUGGAUGACUUUGGGCCGGCCAAGAACCUCAUGACCAUGUGCUUCACUUACUACCACAUCGGAAAACCACAGCUGCCCCCAUCAGAAGCCAAGGAGAAGCCUGCAGGGAGUGUAGACUCCUACCUGAGGUCGGCCAACAGCUGGCUGGCAGAGAAGAAGGACAUAGCCGAGCGGCUGCUGAAGAACACGUCGGCUCGGACAGAGAAUGUGAAAGGCUUCUUCGGGGGGCUGGAAACCAAGCUGAAGGGCCCCCUGAUCAGGAAAAAUGAGGACGAUGAGAGCAAGCCCAAGGAGAAGCAGCAGAGGACAGUGACCGUGUGCAGCCCAGAGGGCGAGAAGAAAGGGGACAAGAUCUACCUGUACACGCACCUGAAGCAGCAGCCCAUCUGGCACACACUGAGGUUCUGGAAUGCGGCCUUUUUUGACGCUGUCCACUGUGAGAGGAGAAAGCGAUCUCCCACUACCAGGGAGAAGUGGUGCCACAUGACCCAGGAGGAGCGUGAUGACAGCCUGCGGUUCAACGAGAACAUCACCUUCGGGCAGCUGGGCACGUUCACACACAACAUGCUGGCCUUCGGCCUCAGCAAGAAGCUGUGCAACGACUUCCUGAAGAAGCAGGCGGUGAUCGGCAACCUGGACGAAGAGCAAUACAAGCUGCUUAGUGAGCACAUCGAGCAAAUGGCCACUGAGUAGGCCGUGGAGGCCACCCCUCCAGGAGGACCGAGGGCCGGCGACUGGCCGUCACCCACUCGAUGACCCUGCAUGACGCCAGCAGCAUCCAGAGCUGCUCCUCGCUGCCCUAGAACUAGCGGUUAGAAGAACUCAGCUGCCUGUCCUCCCCUCUGCCUGUGUCUGCUCCCCCUUCCACGUGCCAGAGCGUCCCUCGGAUCUCACAGCUCACCCUGAGGUGACCAGCUGGACCCCUGAGCACCAGGCUUGUGAGAUGAGACCGAGAGGGAGGAGGCCCAGGCUGGAGCAGGUGUGGCGGACACAGCGGGCACAGGUGGGUGGCCGUGUGCUAGGCAGGGCUGUAGCCGGCAUAGGCCGGGGCGCAGUGGGGCAGGCGAUGGCCACGCUAGGCACCUGGGCCUCGUCCCCAUGCCUGGGAUGGACAGAGCUCCCGCCCAGCACCCAGUGUCAGCCUGGGCUGGUACCCGCUCUUCCCCCACCUCCCUCCGUGGAAGGGGACCCGCCUGGAGGAGAGAGAGCCCCUCCUGGUGUAAGGACAGAGGCUGCAUAGAAGGUGCUCCUGCUGCUGCCAGACUCGGCCCCGUCAGCCACAAGGGAGAGUCCCAGAUGGUGCAGGAUCUGUGCCCUUCCCUUGUAGUCACAGUAGCACUGGGGUCUUCUGUGGCCGCUUAUCCAAAAUGCUCCUGCUUAGCCAGCGGCUUCUGUCUGACACGGAGAAGCUUCCUCAGCCCCUGGGGAGUGACUUCAUGCCGUCUGUCUACAUGAGAAACACAGAAAAGGGAGGUCCGGGAGCUGAAGGCAGAAGGUGCCGCUGUGUGUGUCCGGCAUGUGAGCACAGGCUGUUCAGUGGGACAGUGGCUGGGGAGAGGCAGCUCCAGCACAGAUACCUGGGGCUGGUGGCAGAGUGGACUCUGUGUCUCAAGCUUCAGGCAUCAGGCCUUCCACUCCUGUAGCCCAGCCCUCCUACCUCUGUCCCUCACUCCACACCAGCGCCUGUGGCUGUGGCUUCCUUGUGGGUUUGUCCAGCACAGCAGCCCAGGGCCGAGGCCAAGGCCACACCCUCUGCGUGCUGGGCCCACAGCUGGCAGCUGCCC